AGUAGACUUGUAUAUAAGACACAGGUUAGAUGUUAGAUAGACGCACUCAACUUCCCACAGUCUUACGUCAAAAUGAAAAUCUUUGUUGUUUUCGCACUCUAUUUUGUGGCUGCUGGCGCUUCUCCACUGGGUUCAACCUCCGAUACUCGUGAACCUGUUAGAACUCAAAAUACCUCAGAAGUUUCAAUCCCCGACACCACAACUUCUAUUCCAAUUCUGAGACAGGAUUUGGUUAUAAAUAAUGGCUCAUUCAUCAACAACUUUGAAACUGGGCACGGCAUCGUCAUCAAUGAGAGCGGCAACCAGAAACAAAUCGGUGACGGAAGCGGGACCGUUUCUAGCGGUGCUUUCUCAUUCACCAAUCCGGAAGGAGCCGUUAUAACCGUCACUUGGAUUGCUAACGAGAACGGGUUCCAGGCCACCGGCGACCAUUUGCCCACUCCUCACCCCACGCCCGAGCACGUCGUCAAGAUGCUCGCCGAUAUGGAAGCUGCUGCUUUACACGCUAUUUCCACCAUUCCAUGAAUGUAGAAAAUUGGUCAAGUGUUUGCCUUUUAAUACACAACUCGGGGACGGAAUUCUCGUUUCCUUUCUUUUCUGGUAUACUUCGACUCCUGAUAAUGUAUACCGUGUUUUAUCAAUAUAAUGCAAUAAAAGCUUUUUAUUUUUA